AGGGAGCCGCAGUCCCGAGGAGCGGGCACCGGGGACCCGCUGUCCGCCGCCGGCCAACGCCGCGCCCCGCCCCUCAGCACGCAGRCCCAGCGCGAGCUCGCGCACGUGCGCGCGCGCCGCCAGAUCUUUGGUCAGACCUGCGGGAGUGGGGACGGGGCGGGCGGAGGCCGGGCUGCUGAGGUACUUAGGGGAGGAGCCCGAGCCGUCGUUGCCGAAGGAGAGGAGCAUGUCUGCAACUCGAGCCAAGAAAGUGAAGAUGGCCACCAAAUCAUGCCCCGAGUGCGACCAACAGGUUCCUGUUGCAUGUAAAUCAUGUCCCUGUGGUUACAUAUUUAUUAGCAGAAAACUUUUAAAUGCAAAACACUCAGAGAAAUCACCAUCUUCUACAGAGAAACAGGAAAAGGAAAUUGACAUCUAUGCUAACCUCUCUGAUGAAAAGGCUUUCGUGUUUUCAGUCGCCUUGGCAGAAAUAAAUAGAAAGAUUAUCAAUCAAAGACUUAUUCUCUGAUACUUGUCUGCACAAUCUGUUGAAACUUUCUUCAGGAUUACAUCAGCAAAUUGUCAAACAGUUGUGGACUCUCAGGAGCAUUCUGACUGCAUCAAUAAGGGCCAUUGAUUUUUUUUCUUUUUUUUUUUUUUUUUCCCUUUCUGUCAUUUAGCCUGUGCCACACUUUGGAAACAAAGCUGUAGGCUUGGACUGUUUUGGUAUUUCCUUGUUUACCAAGGAGAAUUGUCAGUGUUUUGUGUUGGCAUAUAAGUAAGUGUAUUUACAAAACAAAGUGCUGGAUGGGUAUUAAGAGGAUAAAAAGGGGUAGGACUAACUGCUGAAGUAUGAAAACUAGGGAAAUAAAAUGUUUGAUAGUUUUCAGGUUUGCCACCAGAGAUGCAAUAUUUUAAAUACUGUCAGAAAGAUUGACUUUUAAAUAUAUAUAUUUCAGAUUUUCAGCUCUAACGGACUGCAUAUAUACAGUUCAUUUACUUUUAAUAAAUUGGCAAUUGAUAUUUUAUUGAAUGGGGAAUUAAGAAUAUAAACUGUAAAUUUUGUCUUACAUUGAUUUUUUUUUCUUGGCCAUUAUUUUUAUGACUUAAGGUAUGAGUUAUAUUUUAGGAGAUACUUUCCAGACAGUUUGGAAGUUUGGGUGCUAUAUGAAGAAAAACAUUUAAGGAUAUAUCAUACUUCAGAUAUUAACACCUCUUUUUCUUGAAUGUAAUUUAUUUAUUGGUUAAAAAAAAACAAACUUUUGUGCUCUCAAGAUGGUGCCUGUUAACCUAAACAUAAAAUAUAUUUAUUAUUAUUACAUGCAAAAUAUUUCUUAGCCACUUUUAAGCAGUAAUAUUUUAUCUGAGUGGAUGUUCAUUCAUACAUCCUGAUGAUUAUUUAAAUUGUUACUUAAUCUCCUGGAAGAAAAAAUAAAUCUUAAUAUUGAAACUAAGUAGAUUAAAUAGUGUGGUAUAAGCUUUUUGUCCUAGUGAAGUUUGUGAAAUUUAUUUCAAUUCUUAAUUUUUCUAGUGUCAAAUCUUAAGUUUUUAUAAUUGACUUAUUUUAUACUAAAUGUUUUCUAUUUGGCAAUUUAAUGACUAAUGUAUUCAAAGUUGGCAGUAACUCCCCUUCUUUUCAAUUCCUCCUCACCCAAUCUGUUUGGAAGUCCCAAGCUAACUAGGGAAGUUAGUUACCAAUUAGACCUGGUCCCUAUUAAAGAGAACUCCCCCUUUUGGGUAUAUAUGUGUAUAUACAUCCCCCCCCACACAUACAUGCAUGUGAAUACUCACACAUACAUACAUAUUUUUUAAUUAACACAGUUACAUAUUUAUGAGGCACAGGGUUAUUGGCAUAUUCAUCAUCUCAAACCUAUCAUUUCUUUGUGCUGUGAACAUUCAAAAUCCUCUCUUCUAUACAUUUUGAAAUAUAUAAUUAUUGUCAAUCAUAGUUCCCUUUCCCUUUAAACAACAGCAUUGUCAAUUUUAUUCUUCAUCUUGUAUCUCCUGUCACCCUCAAAGGUUCCUUUCCUUAAAGGAAAAAGGUCUACAUUUUUUUUCUCUAUUUAAAUUGGUAGCCAGCAGAGGGAGCUUAUGAGGUACUCAAGAUGAACUGUAGAAUUUUCCUAAGAAUUCUUUUUCUUUUAAUACAUAUAUAUACCUGCAGGUACUACUGCACUUAUCUUGUAUGCAUUUUAAAUAAAGUUUUCCCAAGAAUGUAAUGUGAUUUUUAUCUUUGAAACAUACUAUAUGAAAGCUAUUUUUAUUUUGAGCAAGAAAAUGUAAAACUGAUUAACAUGAGAUUCCUUAUGAACAUAAAUAUGUCCUCAGAAAAACAAGAACAACUUAUGGAGAGUUAUCUCUUUAAAGAAUUAUCAUGUCAGAGUCUAUCCAUUUAAAACUGAACACUAUUAGAGAAAAGUUGUGUUAAAAUACUCAUUGAAAGGAAAAGGGAAGAUACUGACCUGAGCUUGCUGUAUAGCAAAUUAUUUUACUUUAGAUGCUCAUGAGGUUAUUUAAAAAUAAUGCUUAUUUAAAUAUUUCUUUGGCAAAGAUAUAAACUAGGUUUUAGUUAGUGACAAAAGUCAUUCUACCAUUUUGUCUGAAAAUUGUGUUUUCUGGUAGAUGUAUUUAUAAAUUUUGGUAGAAAGCUAAAAAA